ACCAUGCCGGUAUGUGCACGUUUUUAGAUUGAACCCAACAAGAACUUUAUGGCGUAGAACGUUCACUGACUACAUAUGUACACCUUUUACGAAUAUGAGGGAAAGGUCGCCGAACAAGAAUAGAAGGUAGGGGGGAAACUUUAUGAGAUACUACGUAAAGACAAAAUAGCUCAAGCGGCGGCGCUUUUAUGAUCUUUUGCGCCUUCGUCACUCUCGUGCUCUCCGUUCUCCGCUUUGGGCUUUUUCGUCUUCUUGCCUUCACCGUUGGCUUCCCCAGGCGACUUCCUCUUCUUCUUGGUGGUAUCAUCACCUCCGCGAGCCCUUUUCAUAUUGCCGAUCUUGUCAAUCACCUGCCUCUCGCUCUUCGUGCUGACGCCAGCCUGGGCCGCAAUAGUGAUGUAUUCCUCUGCGAUCUUCUUAAUGGACUCGGUAGAUUUGACGACGCAGACGGCCGUGAGGAGUUUCGUCUCGUCAUCAUCCCACUUGGCGGUGUGUUUCGAUUCGCGGCUUUUCCAUUCGGCGAUGAUUGCGUUGGCCUCGUCGUGAGCCAUGGUUGUGAAGCUAGCGGACAUGAUUUUGUUGAGUGUGGAACGAGGGAAUUGAGAGAUGGGGAUGAUCAAGUUCGAAGUCGCUGGUUGAUACGAGUUCCGUUGUUUUGAGGUUGAAAUUGUCUGCGUUAGGAUCAAGAAACCACUCAAAGUAUGGGCAUCCCUUCACAGCGGGCACGGCAGCAAGUCCCUACUGCAGUGGAGACGAUGUCCGCCGCAAACUGAAGAAACGGGGAAGGUGGGGGGUGUGUGACAGCUUGAGAACGAGAAAGGGACAGCCGAAAAAACAACGGGGGACUUGGGCGGCGGGUGACUGCAGUCGGCUGCUCAAUCGGG